ACAUAAGCACUGAGAUCCGAUGAGGAGGAUAUCACAGGGCUCUCUGGGUGCUGCCAACCCCCCUCCCCAAAAACGCUAUCCAACCCCACUCCACCACCACCCACCCACCCACCCACUCACUCAUCCACCCACUCACUCAUCCACCCACACCAUUCUAGAGUAGCUUGUUGUACGCAUCUCGAGGCUUCUGUUACUACGGCUUGCCCUUUUGUGCUGGAAAAUAACACUGCAAGUCGAUUGCGUUGUAACUGUACUCCGUGUGAUACUGCGUAGGCCUGGAGGGUCUGUGCGCAGCAUCAGCACCUUGGAUAACGCAUACGUGCACUAAGUACUCACUCAUGGCGCAAAAAUGAAUACCGUACAGCAUGAAAAGUGACAAUAAAACGAACCUUUGAAGAUCAAGUCCUCUGUCUCCAAGUCAAAGCCCGGUCGAUGGCACUUUCUCCACAGUCCGGUAAUGGUGGAGUUGUAUUGCCGACGGCAGAGGGACUCCAUAGCCGGGGCAGGAGGCAAGAAGUGCCGCUUAGCCCGCAGCAGCAUCUCGCCACUGACACCGGUGCCUUUCCUCUCCAAAUGCUUCUCCUUCGGCAGCAUGCGAAGCGGGAGGUUGUUAUUGGAAAUGUAAAUGUAACCCGGGUCGUUCCUUUUGUGGGGAUAAUUCUUGCAACGCAGCCGGUACCUCCUCGCGUCAGUCUCAUACCAGUUGUCAGUGCUGAUCGCGACGGCUAUAAGUCCCAAAGCGCAAAAAGCCAAAAAGAGACCUGCCAUGGUUAAAGUCCUCAUAGCAGCCAUGUUCCAUGCGUCUCUCGCCUCAGUGCCGUGAUAAAUCCACGGGACAGCAGGGCUGCGCUCCUGGCUGCUGCUGCUGUCAGUAUAUGAAGUGGGGAGGGAAUUCAACAAUAGAAGGAAACCUGAAAUGCGGAUAAAUCCCCAAAGCCCUCAUUUCUUUGAUUUACCCGUCAUCGACAUAAAGGAGCCAGAUUCCGAUGUGGAAGAUAAAUAAAUGUGGGCCUGGAUGAGCAAUAUUUUGGUUGUCUCCUCUGUGCCUCUUAACUCAGUCUAGCCUAGAUACUGGUCAGUCCAACAUUUCUUUCCAGUAGAUGGAGACAGAGCAAAUAUUUGAAAGCACAACAACCCCCCAGGCCAGCACUGACACAGCAUAUCAUAAUCUGUGGGGAGAGAUGGCUAAAGUUUGAGAAAGUUACACCACAGAUAGUGCCUUCUCUCAGGUUGUUAUAUCAUGUUCUCAUGCUUUUGUAGUCUGAAGGGCUCAGUCCUGAAGGAGCCAGUGUUAAACCCCACAGAAGGCCUCUUUUUCUCUGUCUGAUUUUCAGGAAACAGUUGCAUCACAUCCAACAGAUUGCGUCUCGUAACUUUCCAUCCUCAUGGGGCCAACUAUAAAAAACAGCAAAAAUGACGCAACACUGUAGAUUGUAUAAUUUAAAAAGGUCAUGAAAAUGUUAAAAGGCUAGUUUUAGUUUCUGGCUAAUUCAAGUUUGGGAGGAUGUCAUGUUAGGACAGAUAAAUCUGUGCGCGUGUCUGGGUUUUAUUCACACUUUCUGAGGGGAAAAACACUGCGGCACAAACAUGGUCAUAGUGGCUAUGGACAUUCAGACAGAUUCCCACUGGUUUCAUUCUCUUACUUGAUACUUCCUCAAUUGAAACCAGAAUGCCAAAUUAAAAAGAGGAACAAGGCUCACUUUGACUUCACUUUUGGUUUUGGAUCCCGUGUACAAUCACUCUUGUAAAGGCCUACAUGAACAAAUCUUACAGGGCUGGCGAGAAUUGUACUUUUCCUGCACAAAGGGCCUCAUUUGCCCUCUUUAAUAUACAAGGUUAAAGAAAUGUACAUAUCCUUUUCUAUUGAUGUUUAUCUUGUGUGAGGAAUGGAUGUAGGGUUAGAGUAAAUGUUUGAUCUGAGGUCAAAUCACUGCAGCUCUUGAACUGAUGAGAAAGAAUUUGAAACAUUCAAAGGCUUUCUAUUGAAUAUGCAAUAGCAAUAUCUGCUUAAUUUAGCACUGAAACUUUCUCUAAAAAGCCUGAGAUGCUUCAUACACGCUUCUAGGUCACAUAUAAGUGGAUUAUUCAAAAGCAUAUUCAACAUAACAAUACCUGCUAUUCAUGUUUCUAUAGACCACAAUAAAGAAACCUUUGCUUAUAAAAAAAAAGAGGAAUCAUCAUGAUAAUGAACAAUUUGACCUCUCAAAUAUAGGAAAUAACUGUUCAGUAUGAUUGGUUAAUGAAGUGUAUUUACAACCAGCCAUCAGGAACUAGUUGAUCAUAUGUGUUUGACAAUAGUGUGCUGUGAGAAUGUUUAGGGUCCGGCUUAUUUCUCACUUUCAGUUCCCUCUAGUCCCGCAGUCUGGUAAAGUCAGUACUCAGCGACGUUGUGCGUUUCUCUGUGAAGAAAUAAGAAAAAGUUUACACUGAUCCCAAAGCUUCAAGAUCCUGGAUUCUAAUGCUGCGUUGUUCACAUGAUGGAAGGGUUUGUCAUAUCAUCUGCUCCAGAAGAAAUCAAUCCGAAUGACUCAGAGGAUUACAGACCCCCCACAGAGCUGUACCCCUUCCUCACUAACGUGGGGGAGAUUUAUGAAGACCACAGAUGGACCUUUCACUCCGAGCGCAUCCAGCCAACAGACUUUGAAAAUUCCCCAGUGAAUCACCUCACAGAGCUUCAGUCUGUGUCUCCUCAUCAGCUGAUACAACCCUACCGCUACAGCAGUGAGCCUCUGGCCCUCCACCUUGAACCCACUCUCGGAGCGCUCACUGUGUCCCCUCAGAUCCCAUUUUAUACCUCGACCCUGUGCUACCAGUAUCAACCCCCCACCUCGCCAGGCCACCAGUACUACUCAGCAGAGGAACCAAGAGGAGGCAGCCCCCCACUCGAGGUAUCAGAAGGAGAGGACGAGUUUGGAGAAGACAACCACCCCUCCUUCAGGAGAGACAAUACCAACAAGAAGAAAAUCCGCCUGUACCAGUUCCUUCUGGAUUUGCUAAGAAAUGGGGACAUGAGUGACAGUAUCUGGUGGGUGGACCAGGACAAGGGCAUCUUCCAGUUCUCCACAAAACACAAAGAAGCUCUGGCCAACCACUGGGGUCUUCAGAAAGGAAACCGCAAAAAAAUGACCUACCAGAAAAUGGCACGAGCUCUGAGGAACUAUAGUAAAACUGGUGAGAUUAAAAAAGUGAAAAAGAAGCUGACUUAUCAGUUCAGUGAGGAGGUGCUGAGGAACCUUUACCUAAGUCAUUAUACCCGCUGAAGAGGGACCAGAGGCUGUCUAUGAUUCUGCUGAAAUCACUAAACUUAACAGUGGCUUAUUCAAGCUGCUUGCUAUUUACUUGGUGCAUUUAUCAAGUUUUUGUCAUAUUUAUUUGUUAUGCCUGAGUAAAUUCUUCAAAGCUUUUACUUCCCUGUAGACGUCUCUGUUUCCGACUCAUGUCAGUUUUUGUGUUUUAUGUGUACAGAGAUGAAGAAAAUAAAAGUUGAUUCAGCAUCUUUUUGUAUUUCAAAUCAACUUAUCCAAAGGGACAACACCCAUCGGUUGUGUGUGAAUAUAAUUCAAAACUAAUAAAUCCAAGUGAAAGAGCAA